AUGUCUCGCUACACCAGGCCCCCCAACACCUCCCUGUUCGUCAGGAACGUCGCAGACGCCACCAGGCCCGAGGACUUGCGCCGUGAGUUUGGCCGAUAUGGCCCUAUAGUAGACGUUUAUAUCCCACUGGACUUCUACAGUCGCCGUCCCAGAGGAUUCGCUUAUGUUCAGUUUGAGGAUGUUCGGGAUGCUGAAGAUGCACUUUACAACCUCAACAGGAAGUGGGUAUGUGGCCGGCAAAUUGAAAUACAGUUUGCGCAAGGUGAUCGCAAAACACCAGGCCAAAUGAAGUCAAAAGAACGCCACCUGUGCUCCCCGAGUGACCACAGGAGAUCCAGAAGCCCCAGCCAGAGGAGAUCUCGAAGCCGGAGUUCUUCAUGGGGAAGAGACCGGAGACGCUCAGAUAGCCUGAAAGAGUGUCGGCACAGGCGCUCUUCUUACAGUCAGUCUAAAUCUCGUUCCAAAUCACUACCCAGGCAGUCUACCUCAGCGAGGCAGUCAAGAACACCGAGAAGGAAUUCUCGAUCUAGAGGCCGAUCAAGAUCCAAGUCCUUACCCAAAAGGUCGAUGGAAAAAUCACAGUCACGCUCACCUCAAAAGCAGACUGGCUCCGGAGCAAAAUCCAGAUCACAUGGACGACACUGUGACUCCAUAGCAAGAUCCCCAUGCAAGUCUCCCAGAGGGUACACCAGUUCUGGAUCGAAGACACAGACAGCAAAGCAUUCUCAUUUCCGGUCACACUCCAGAUCUCGGAGUUACCAUCAUAAAAACAGUUGGUGAAAAGUAACUUAACAGCAGCGCCUCAGAGCUGUGCUACAAGUUAUCACACCUCAUCGUGGUUAAAAUUCUUCAAGGCCUGUAGAAAUGCGAACCGGUGUUAGUUACUGCGGGCAUGUGGAAGAAAUAAAAUUGCCCUAGCUUUGAUUAAUAAACGUUGUAUCUGGACUCAAGGGCUCAUCCACAACUUACUCACUGUGUGUGCAAUGUCACCAUUGCAUAGGCUGGACCUGGUUCACAUGGUAGUAGCAAGGGGUACUUUCCGAAAGAUAUCAGUAAAAUGGAACCAAUGCAAAAAUUCUACUUAGGUAUUAAAUAUUGCCAAUAAUAUCCUUUACCAAAAUAUUUUUUAUUCUAAAGCACUUUUCACAUUAAAAAAAUAAUUGUGACUGUAUGUAAUUGAAUAAGCCAGAUUUAAAACUGUUUUGACAUCUGUGUCUUUCUUGUGACUUCUAGCUUAAACAGAACUAUCCUAGUUGAUACUAGUUCAAAUUACAGCAUUCUGAACUCUUGAAUGGUAAAAUUUAUAUUCCAUAGCCGUUUAAAAGAUAGCUAAAAGAUGUUUUAAAGAUAAUUCAAAGAACAUUUCAUUGUUUUUUUAAUACAACAGCACAGAUCACUUGACAUGAAAUUGUUAUCCAUGUUUCCUUCAACUGCUUAAACAAAACCAGGUGUAGUGGCCCCCGCCUGUGAUCCCCGCCCUUGGGAGGUAAAGUAGAAGGGGUAGGACCAGCAUGGCCUGGCCUACAUGAGGCCCUGUCUAAGGAAAAGAAAUGAAUGCCUUUUUUUAAAAAAAAAAAAAAAAAAGAGAUACCAUUUUAGAAGUUCUGGAUUUUGAAUGGCUUGAGACUACUCUAGAAAUUAUGGUGUGGAACACUCAGAAUCCACAAAAACUCAUGUUAAGCCUUACAUAUUUGAAGUAUAAUACAUUUUGUAUAAAUUCAUAUUUAUACCAUUAUUUCUAUAUAGCUAUUUUCAUCUGCAUUUUUCUUUUUAGAGCUCUAGUUCAAUAUCCUUAUUAUAUAAAAGUCUUUAAAAAUUAAACACAGUACAUUAUAUUAAGAAGUACUAGCUAACGAGACUGCCUGGUGGGUAAGCCCACUCACCAUCCAAACCUGGUAACUGAGAGCUAACUGAGCAACCUGAGUGCAAACCCCGGAACCCACAAAGGUGACUCCUGCAGACUCUCUCUGAUUUCCACACUUGUACACGCAAACACACACAUACACACACAUACACACACACACACACACACACACACACACUCACAGGUGCGCAUUAAAUGUAUGCAAAACAUUUAAGGUCAAAAUUCUAUCUUCAAGUCAAAUAGGUAGCAAAUGAUUGUCACCCCAGUAGCACUCAGGAAGCUGAGGCAGGAAUUUGAAACCAGC